AUGGAUGCACGAAAAGUAUGCGACAACGGAGUUAUCCGAAUUCCGUGGUGGCAACACAAGCACGGAAGGCAUUUUCAACAUCCCUUUCCCAAAAUGUCCCCACCUGAAUGCAUCGGCCUUUUCAGCAUCACCGACCGGGAGUACCAAGAAGAUGCCCGGAAUGUCGCCUAUUUGUGCGAUCCCUUUCCGAAAUUACCCAUCGAUCUGAAUCAGGGGAUUGAAAAUGUCAUACGAAAAAAACCAGCAACAAUGAGUGACCUGGAGUAUCUCCUUAAAUACAUUAAAAGCCAUCAAAAGGAAUUUUUGGUGAUGAAGGGAGACACUAUCCAACUGAAUACGGAUUUCGUAGCACUUCGUGGGGUCCUCAGGCUAAUCAUGUGCCUACAAUACGAACGGAGGCAAGAUCUUCGUAUUAUGGUGACCCGUGCGAACGGCACGAUCUAUUUGAACAAAGAGGAAACCGAGGAGCAGCUGGCGGAACAGGCAGCCAUGUCGAACAGGCAUCUUGCCAUGUGCUCCUGGGGCUUUAAGUUUGAGCAGUACCUUACCACCGCAAAGCCAUGCGCCGAUCCGGAUACCAAUGUUCCUGUAAAUGAGGGCGUCGAACUAUGCGCUAUGUUUCGCAGCAAUAUAAACGGAAUUCGUCUGCUUUAUGGAGCCGAAUGGACGUAUCUCAAUUAA